GUUAUAUUUGUGCCUGCUAGAGUUGGAAAUAACAUUUCAGAAGCUGAAAAGGCUUGAAUGGAUUUACAGAAGGGGUUUUUUUGCGAGUAAUUCAUGGCAACACAUUAAUUUGAUUAGUACGUGCUUUAGAAUUACUUUACACUCAAGCAAUUCAAAAGAUGUCAAAGUUAUCACCAGGCUGCUGGACAAAUAUGUGUUACACCACCAAGGUACAGAUCAAGACAAAUCUGUGACUCAGGAUUUUAUCUUGGGAAGAGCGCAAGGUGUACGAAGAACUCAGAAUAACAAGGGAAGAUAACUCUGGGAACUACAAUGUGUCAGAAGAACAGCUCUUGCUAAUACAGCUCCCACCAAAGACCUGGUUAUCUAAGGUUUAUAUAGGAAUGCCUAGGUCAGCUGACAAAAUACUGGUCUUCUGCUCCAUAAAUGCAGAAAAAACGAUAACAACAGUGGAAAAUUGGAAGUCUGAAUUUCAGCUUUCUUAGAAAUAACUGCAACCUGACACAUUCCAUAAUAUUUAAACAGGGUGGGGGGAGAGAAAUCACCAAAGAUGUUACGUUUAGAGAUGACAUUGACAUGAAGAAUAGGUAAAUUUUGUUUUUCAGCCACUGGGAAAGCAGACCUCAUAGGAACUCAGAACAAGUAGGAGAAAAGAUUUUUUAUUUUUUUUUCCUUGUUCUUUUUCUUUUCAAAGAUGAACCUAACUGCACUCAAAGCUUUCGUGGGCUUGCUCUGGAAUUGCUGGGUUCUGGUGGGUCACGCACAGGGAGGUUUAGGAGACAAUCAUGUCCAUUCGAGUUUUAUUUACAGGAGGCUGCGCAACCAUGAGAGAAGGGAGAUUCAGAGAGAGAUUCUCUCUAUCCUGGGUUUACCUCACAGACCCAGACCAUUUUCACCAGGAAAGCAGGCUUCUUCUGCACCCCUCUUCAUGCUGGACCUGUAUAAUGCCAUGACAAAUGAAGAGGAUACUGAGGAGCUGGAGUAUUCACUAAAGGGAUCAAUGGCAGGGGAGAGCAGAGGGAUACGAAAAGGAUACCCUGCCUCUCCAAAUGGAUAUUCACGGAGAAUACAAUUAUCUCGCAUGACCCCACUGACCACACAGAAUCCUCCCUUAGCCAGCCUGCACGACACCAACUUUCUGAAUGAUGCUGACAUGGUAAUGAGCUUUGUCAAUUUAGUUGAAAGGGACAAGGACUUCUCCCACCAGCGAAGGCACUACAAAGAGUUUCGCUUUGACCUUACUCAGAUCCCGCAUGGAGAGGCAGUGACAGCAGCCGAAUUCCGGAUAUACAAAGAUCGAAGCAACAGCCGCUUUGAGAAUGAAACCAUUCAGAUUAGCAUAUAUCAGAUCAUCAAGGAGUAUCCAAACAGAGAUGCAGACUUGUUCCUGUUAGACACAAGAAAGGCUCAAGCUUCUGAUGUGGGCUGGUUUGUGUUUGACAUUACUGUGACCAGCAAUCACUGGGUGAUUAAUCCACAGAACAAUCUGGGCUUGCAACUCUGCGCUGAAACCGGGGACGGUCGAAGUAUCAAUGUUAAAUCUGCUGGCCUGAUUGGAAGACAUGGGCCUCAGUCAAAGCAACCAUUCAUGGUUGCGUUCUUCAAGGCAAGUGAAGUGCUUUUCCGUUCUGUCCGAGCAGCCAACAAUAAAAGGAAAAAUCAGAACCGCAACAAAUCCAGUAGUCAUCAGGAGUCUUCUAGGAUGCCAAGUGUUGGGGAUUAUAAUACAAGCGAGCAAAAGCAAGCAUGUAAGAAACAUGAACUUUACGUGAGUUUCCGAGACUUAGGAUGGCAGGAUUGGAUUAUUGCACCAGAGGGCUACGCUGCAUUUUACUGUGAUGGAGAAUGUUCUUUCCCCCUCAAUGCCCACAUGAAUGCAACAAACCACGCCAUUGUUCAGACUCUGGUUCACUUGAUGUUCCCUGAUCAUGUACCAAAGCCAUGCUGUGCACCAACAAAACUGAAUGCAAUCUCCGUGCUCUACUUUGAUGACAGUUCCAAUGUUAUUUUAAAAAAAUACAGGAAUAUGGUGGUGCGUUCAUGUGGCUGCCACUAGAAUAAAAAAAAUAAUCUAAAGCAGAGGGGUUUAUUCAGAAUUGUAAUAAAGUCAAGAUAUGAGCCUUGCUGAUGAAAAGGCAGUCCUAAAUUUAUUCCAUUUCAUGUCAUCUCUCAUUUAAAUGUACAGUGUAAUGUAUAUAGUAGUUUUUAUUUAUUUAAAAGUAUAUAGUUCCUUUUGUAUAGGCAAAAUUUCAGAACCGUUUAUUUUAUGGGUCACCUUGCUAUGCAGCAGAACUUCACAAACUAAUUUUUCAAUUGACCAUACUGGAAUCUAUUUCAUUCAAUUUUGAUAGUUUAAAGUAAAGCCUUUUUAUAGAUUUUUUUAAAGCUAGAAACUCCAGAACUUCUGUAACUGCUUCUUAUUGUUAAAAGAACUAAAAUACAUUUGGUCAUAUCGUGCCAAUGAAAACUGUGGCAGGAUAUUUAUUUAGAAAAAGGCACAGAAAAAAAACCUAAACAAAACUGCUUG